UUACUCAUGUACUAGUAAGUUUUUUCAUUUUAGUCAAAUUGAGGUUUAAUAAAAUUAUGCCAUGUAGAUGACAGAUGAUUAAUGGUGUUUAAUUUUUUUCCCCCUUAGAUACAUCCAUAAAGUUCCCGGAAGAAACUUCCUGCCGGAAAAACUGAAAGAGCAGUAUUUAUAACACUGGACAUUCUGGAUAAUUUGUUAAAAUGGCAGAAAAUACUGAAAAUAGUAAAAAUGUAGAUGUAAGGCCUAAAACUACUCGGAGUAGAAGUGCUGACAGAAAGGAUGGUUAUGUUUGGAGUGGAAAGAAGUUAUCUUGGUCAAAAAAGGGUGAGAGUUGUUCGGAUGCUGAAACAGUGGAUGCAAUAGAAGAAACAGAAGUCCCUUUAAGGAGCCAAGAAAGGAAGCACAGCUGUUCCUCCAUUGAACUGGACUUAGAUCAUUCCUGUGGGCAUAGAUUUUUAGGCCGAUCUCUUAAACAAAAACUACAGGAUGCAGUGGGGCAGUGUUUCCCAAUAAAGAAUUGUAGUAGUCGGCACUCUUCAGGACUUUCAUCGAAAAGAAAAAUUCAUAUCAGUGAACUCAUGUUAGAUAAGUGUCCUUUUCCACCUCGAUCAGAUUUAGCUUUUAGGUGGCAUUUUAUUAAACGACACACUGCUCCUAUAAAUCCCAAAUCAGAUGAUUGGGUAAGCACUGACUUGUCUCAGAGUGAAAUGAGGGAUGGUCCACUAAAACGAAGGAACAUGGAAGAAGACGUAAAUGGUUUCUCACAUACUAGUGUUCAGCCCUGUGUCGUAACUACCAACAAUGCUUCAUGCAGAGGUGAUCCUGUGACUGGCUCAGUGAUAAACCUUGUUUCCAAUAAUAGUAUUGAAGACAGUGAUAUGGAUUCAGGUGAUGAAAUUAUAACACUUUGCACAAGUUCCAGAAAAAGAAACAAACCCAAAUGGGAACUGGAUGAUGAAAUCCUGCAGUUGGAAACACCUCCAAAGUACCACACCCAGAUUGAUUAUGUCCACUGUCUUGUACCAGAUCUCCUUCAAAUCAAUAACAACCCAUGUUACUGGGGAGUAAUGGAUAAAUAUGCAGCCGAAGCUCUAUUAGAAGGAAAACCAGAGGGAACCUUUUUACUUCGAGACUCAGCACAAGAAGACUACUUAUUCUCUGUUAGUUUUAGGCGCUAUAGUCGCUCUCUUCAUGCUAGAAUUGAGCAAUGGAAUCACAACUUUAGCUUUGAUGCACAUGAUCCUUGUGUCUUCCAUUCUCCUGACAUUACUGGGCUCCUAGAACAUUAUAAGGACCCAAGCGCCUGUAUGUUCUUUGAGCCACUUUUAUCCACUCCUUUAAUUCGGACUUUCCCCUUUUCCUUGCAACAUAUAUGCAGAACAGUUAUUUGUAACUGUACAACCUAUGAUGGUAUUGAUGCCCUCCCAAUUCCUUCUUCUAUGAAAUUGUAUCUGAAAGAAUAUCACUAUAAAUCAAAGGUUAGAGUACUCAGGAUUGAUGCACCAGACCAGCAGUGCUAAGAAAAGGGUAGAAAAAUCUGAUUAUCUGUUUGCAUUCGAAUAUUUUACAGCACUUACUCUGCCAAUUUUAUUUUUACCACAAGGGCAGUUGGAAUCCAAAAAUAGCUUCUGCCCCAAAUCUUACUUCCAGAUCAGUUUAUGUUUUUUUAUGGUACAUUAAUUGUUUAUAGUUCUACACUAGGAUUAGUGAAUAUUUUUGAUCAGAUGUUUAGGGG